UCCUCAGCUCGCACACCAAAAUCCCCAUUUUCUCCCGAGAAAGAAGUGCAAAUGGCAAAGACUCUAAUGUGGCGACCGUACCUUCUGUCCUCCACGCGCCCCCAUACCCACCACUCCCUUCUCCAUCGCCAGGCUCUCCCUUCGUCGUCUCUUCUCCAACCCCCGACACAACUCUUCAUUUCACAUAACGCAAUCUUCCCAAACAAAAACGAAGCGAACUUCUUGUUUUGGGCUUGCACCCAUGACAGAAAAACGAAGCUCCAAGUCGAGAGCGAUGGCUAUAAGUUAUCAAAAUUAGGGUUUGGUCUCGUGGGUAACCGUAGAUUCACUGUUAGAGCCACCAAUGUCAAUGAUGCCGGGUCUAUUGACUCUCCUCUUAUGCAGUCCAUGGAGAAAAAGAUUAAGGAGGAACUAAAUGCAGAAUCAGUCAUUGUGAAAGAUGCAUAUGGGGAUGGUAGGCAUGUCAGUAUUGAUGUCAUCUCUUCAGCCUUUGAAGGUCAAUCAAGCGUGAAUAGGCAGAGAAUGGUUUACAAAGCCAUAUGGGAGGAGCUUCAGAGCACAGUGCACGCAGUUGAUCAAAUGACUACCAAGACCCCUGCUGAAGCAGCAGCGCAGAAGUGAUUGAACAUUUACCGAAAUGUCAAUUUAUAGAAAAAUAUUUUCUGUUGAGUUUUCUUACAGCAUGACAGGAAGAAACAGAUUUGUAUUCCAUUUUCCUCAAGGAUUGCUCUUGGUGGAAAACAAUCAAUGCUAAGACCCAAAGUACAGAAAUAAUACAUUGUCAAUCACUAGCUGCUACUACUUUAAAAGAAUUUUAUUUUUUGAA